GGUUGACCUCCUUUUACUUGUCCAGCUUGCUCAAUUUCCACGACCUGCGAUCUAUAACCCUCACACCCGUCCUCCUCCCAGCCAGCCAAAACCGCCUCCCUCCGUCGGAUCUCGUUCCUUGAUCUAGCAAAGCGCUCGGCUUGUCUGCUUGGUUUUAUUUGCCGACUCGACGACUCCCUUGCAUCGAGCCAACGUGUUGGUUCUGUAGCCCGACUGGCAAAACCCCCGAUACCACCCUUCGGAAGCUUCUCUUUGAUCAAAAAACCGCAACCAUGGCGUCCGGCGCAGGCGGGUCUUACAACAACCCCCUCAAGAAGUUCAAGCUUGUCUUUUUGGGCGAGCAGAGCGUGGGGAAAACUUCACUCAUCACUCGAUUCAUGUACGAUUCGUUCGACAACAUGUACCAGGCGACUAUCGGAAUCGACUUCCUCUCCAAGACCAUGUACCUUGAGGACCGGACAGUGAGAUUACAACUUUGGGAUACCGCCGGACAAGAACGUUUCCGCAGUCUGAUUCCCUCGUACAUUCGCGAUUCCAGCGUCGCAGUAGUCGUCUACGACAUUUCAAAUGCGAAAUCCUUCCAAAACACCAAGAAGUGGAUCGACGACGUGCGUGCCGAGAGAGGAAACGACGUCAUCAUUGUCCUCGUGGGCAACAAGACGGAUUUGAACGACAAGCGCGAAGUGACGACGCAGCAGGGCGAGGAGGAGGCCAAGAAGAACAACCUCAUGUUCGUCGAGACUAGCGCGAAGCUGGGACACAACGUCAAGACGCUGUUCAAGAGAAUAGCGCAGGCUCUCCCGGGCAUGGAGGGAACGGAUGCUGCGGCGCAGGCUUCAAGCCAGAUGAUCGAUGUGAAGACGACCCCCGCCCAAUCGUCGCAAGAGGGAUGCGCGUGCUAGAUGAGUUUCUUCGAGGAGACGGACAAAAAAGACAAAACGACUCUGGAGUAGAAAGUUUCCGAGGCGAGCCGCGACGGACGACGCGGGGCUGAGUUGGAGUUGCCGUUACGUUACGUUGCGACAUGACUGGCGGGGCAGGACAUCUUAAGCAUAGCGUGCAAAUGGGGAUUUUCAGCAUCAGUUACAGUUUGUAUAAUAACGGGCUAUACUCCACGGUCGUUAGUACAUACCUACAUUUAAUGGCUCUUUUUUCUCUUCUUUCC